UCUCUCAAACUCGGCCUCCUCAGAUCAUCCUCUCCUCUUCCUAUCUGCUUACCCAAGCUGCCUCUCACGCUCGUCGACGUGAUGCCACUCGAGAGUAAAUAUGCCCUCCGGGUCUCCUCUAUUCCUGACGAUACUACGAAGGAGCAGUUUGCGGACUUCGUACGAAGCCUCUCUGCUGCGGGGCAGGAUUUCAAGAAAAAGUCCAUGUUCUCUUCUUUAAAGGUCAAACAUUGGAAGAAGAUAGGUCAAGACCAUUUCGGAACACCGACAGAGCCAUCUAGCCCAGUUUCUCCUUCUGCAAAUGGUCAAGAUGAUGCCCCCUUAAUAAGAGGUAUCGAUGACGGGAUUCGUACCUCGUUUGCCGACCAACACGGCCUCAGGGUUGGAACAAUAGCCUUCCCAUCCAAGGAGGCUGCUGAGUUGGUUCUCAAAAGGCAUGAGAAAGCAAGAAAAAGCUCAAACGCUAUGUAUCAGUGGAGGGAUUGGGAUUUGUCGAGCAGCUUCCAGGGAAUCACAGUCCUGUAUGAACCCAAGCAGGAUGAACAACAGGAUCGAGAGGAAAAAGGGAGGGAAAGAAGCGAAGGGGUCGGGAUUAACAUGGACAUCUGUGCCGUUCACGGACUCGGAGGAAACGCCAUCGAUACAUGGAAUGCGUCUGACAAGGGCAUACUGUGGCUCCGGGACUACCUUCCUUCUUCGGAGUAUUUCAGUAACAGCCGAAUCAUGACAUUUGGCUAUGACUCCGACCUGACAGAUCCGGGCACUGUGGCGGGGCUGGAUAACUGGGCAGAGUCUCUAAUUCACUGCCUAAGUGAAGUAAGGGCUUCUAAAGAGGAACGAGCACGCCCAUUACUCCUUGUGUGCCACUCUUUGGGUGGCCUGGUUGCCAAAAAGGCUAUGUCGCAGCUCCCAACAUCCAGCAUCAGAGGCAUCACUUUGUCUCAAUGUGGACUGGUCUUUCUGGCAACCCCACACACUGGCACCACCAAGGCAGACUGGAGCAACUUUAUAGUGGCGGCUGCCGGGACUGUGGCUGGUGUGAGGCCAGAAGUUGUUUCGCAUCUUCAAUCGUUCAACCCUGCCUCUGUGUGGGAUAAGAAGGCUUUUCUCAAGCUGACACCGCGCCCCCCAUUUCGGUGCUUUGCCGAAGGUCGCAGGAAGCUCAUCAGGGGCACUUAUCAACACGUUGUCACACAAGGCUCGGCAUCUUUGGACCCUGAAAAUCCUGCCCUCAUGAUCCCACAGGAUCACAGUGGAAUCUGCAAGUUUAGCACGAAGUUCGGGACCUACAUUACAAUCAGCUCUGCUCUGAACCAAGUGUUUUUCGAGGUCACUGGAAGACUGGAGCCCGAGCAGGGACAUGAACGACGUAUGUUUGGCCAUCCUCGUUUUCUUGCCUGUGCGUACCCACCAUACAAGAAAUUUUGGUGGGAAGGCAGUGAGAUGAAUGAGAUUCAGUAUCGCCUUACCCUCCAAACGCCGCUGGUCGGGCGGAAUGAAGAGAUGGGCGAGCUCGAGAAGGCGGUAGCUCAACCCCCGGCACGUCCGAAGCUAACAGUGGUAAAGGGCAUCGCGGGGAUCGGUAAGACUGAACUUCUGAUGAGAUUCACAGCAAAGCAUAGAUAUCGCCGAAAUAUCUUCUUCCUCAGAGCCCACAACUCCAAGAAGCUUGAGGAUGCCCUAGCCGCUGUUUGCCACAGCAUCGGGUUUGACAUGAUUGAGAACCCCAAUAUCAACUGGGAGCGUUGGCGACGGACUGAGACCCCCGAAAGAAUUCAAAUCUUUGUCGACUGGUUGGGAAAGGACUUUAACAAGGAUUCGCUCCUCAUCAUGGACGAUGCAGAGAUAUUUGGGGCAGCAAGCAUUCAAGCCGCCCUCAAGUAUCCAGCAUGGCACAUCGUCAUGUCGACCAGAGACUCGAACCUCAAGGGGCCUGGGAGAGAGUCUCAGGAUCUUCGAUUGGCGCCUCUGACAGUCAACGACACGGCCUUGCUACUGCAAACUUCAUUACACAGCUUGUCGCCAGAGGAUUCGCAGCUUUUAGACGAGCAAGACUUCCAACGUUUGUCAAGAGCUAUCCAAGGCCAUCCCCUCGCAGCACAAAACGUGAUCCCCUUCCUUCUGGAGUAUCUUGGAACAUUCGACGAUCCGACAGAAGAAUUUGUUCGGAUCCUCGACAAUGGAACUGGCGAAGAGCGGAGAAUCUUUUUCAAGUUUGCGGCCAGAGAUCGAUCACUCUGGGACGCUUUCAACAGUUCCAUCGAGUUAUUGAAACAAAAAGAAGGCUCGGAAAAUGCUGUGAAGCUUUUGCAGAUACUUCCUUAUCUACGCACAGACGACGAUUGCAUUGACUCGUUUCUCAAAACGAGCAAGAAAGGACUCUUGCCAGGGGCAGAUGUUUCAGCCCAUGGCGCAAUUCUUCGGUCAGAGUAUCUCGUAGUUUCCAAAUGGCUUGAGAAGCUUCGAGACGUUUCGCUCUUUGUUUCGAGCGGACCAAGAAGAUCUAAAAGACUUGACAUUCACCCACUCGUUUUGCAGUUCGCGCAGCUGCUGCCUAGCGAUGAAGCCCGAAGACGCCAGAUCAAAGAUAUGUUGCAACUUUUUUACGAGUUCUACCAACGACAAGCGGAGGACCAUGUUGUUCCGCAUGUCAAUCACUGUCUAGACAUCUGUUCCCGCUUCGAAAUCUCAGCGCGAGAUCUGGGUCUCUCGCCCAACGUUAUUUCCUGGCUUGAAACUAUUUCUACAAGGGCGGCUUACCCCACGGAGCCAAGCGCCUCAGCCCAGCAGCUCAACGAUUUUUUCAUGCAGGAAAGCGACUCCAUCAAAGAGAAGACAAAGGAUUUCAUCUUACUAUGUGCAAGGACCCAGAAAAAGCUCAAAGAUGUUGACUUCCAUCUCGGAAACGGUGGUCAAAAUCAGCAACUGGUUCUCAAAUGUGUUGGAGCGUUUAGAGAGCUGAAAGGCUCGUUGAGGCACGACGAUGAAUACUGUGGCUUGCAACCUUCGCCACAGUUGGAAGAUGCCAUUAGCAGUUUGUCUGAGAUGGUGAGAUCGACGAGCAUCUACCCUGAGCUACCCCUGGAGCUGGAUAAAUUUCGAAGGCGUUGUAGGGCCUCGGGGGAGAUGAAUAAUGGCAGCAGGGUUGUGGAGCUUGAUGAGACCUGGCAUUGA